AAUGCAAAAUCCAAUUGUCUAUUAACAUCAUCACCACCUUGUUCAACUGAAAAAACAAACCUCAUUGAAAGUGCCCUAAACAACACCAAUAAAGAUUGUUUAAUUAACCUUGAUUCAAACCAUUCAAAUAAUUUGGUCAACAACAAGUCAGCCAACAGUAAAAGUAUUGAAAAUAAUUAUACAAAUCACAACAAUAGCAAUAACAAUAAAUACAACCGAAUCAAUAAUGAAGUGAACAUUUCAUCCAAAUCAAGUAACCAUCAUUCAUGUAAUGGAAUCAAUCACGCUUUUUCACCGCGUUUAUAUGAAAGUAACUCAAUAGGAUCACCUGGAUUUGACGGACGGCUCAUUGGGACAGCAAACAAUAUCAACUAUCAAUAUCAACAGCAACAGUAUCGACAUGAGCCAACAUGUUCACCAUCAAGUUCAACAACGAAAACAACAGCCAAUGGCAUCAACGUCUUACACAAGUAGCAGCAUGAUAUCACCACGACGUAAGCGUAAAGGACCGGCACCACCACCGCCUGUUAACAGGGUCACUGCAUACACUUCAUUUCCAUCGAUACCUGGUCCAUCUGGAGUCAAUGUGUCUCCCUUUACUUCACCCUCUUCCUCUGGUUCAUCACCGUCAGCCUCACAGCCAGCAACACCGUUACACUCAACCUCACAAGGUGAACCCUCAACACCGUCAACCUCAUCAUCACUGCUCUCACCCUCGUCUUAUCCCAUCCUGGCUCCAUCAAACUCACAGUCAUCUUCAAUCUCUUCAGGUCCCUCAACAUCAACCUGGCAAAGCCAUUCAACAACUCAGUCAAUGGGUCGCAAAAAGUCAAUUAAAACCAAACCGGCCCCAAGUCCACCUCCACCCUUGCCUCCUUUACCACCCAUAGCCUCUGCAUCUGAGAUGCAACGAUCAUCACCGACAAAGCCUACUGUUAAAACUCCAACUGCAACCAACAAAAACAACGACAAUGGUGCUAGUUCAUUUGUUCAAAAGUCAUCACCAAGAACGCCUUUAUCAGUCAACAUGAUACCUACUAAUUGCACUUCCAAUAGACCUUCAACCUGUCAACCUGUCAUCAAAUGUUUACCCUGUCGAUCACACUCCGUUCCUGUAUGUCCAAUGGUCACUUUAACCCGUUCCUUAUCCGAUCAGAAACAAAUUAAUGUUAAAAAUAUGCUUAAAUCCGUUGCCUCGUAUUCAUCUGAUCUUGCCUUACCUCAAUCAACAGUUGGUUUAAUUGCAUCCAGUCGAGCAAUUCAACAAACCUUGGAAAGUGAUUCAAUCAUAAUUACCUACGAUGAACCCGAUUAUCUUUACCCUAUUCAUCAUGGUUUAGCUAAUUGUUAUUCAUCUUGUGAAAUACCUUAUAACAUCUCAUGUAACACCAACAGUCCCAAUUACAUAGGAACCAAUAAUGGUAGCAAUAAUUUACUUAUGGUUUGUAAAGAGGAUGCAAAAGUAGCUAACAAUAUAAACUGCAAAAUGAAUGAUAAAGGUUUACGAAUGAGACAGAAAAGUCAAUCAUUUGAAUCAACAUCAUUACCCACAUCACCAAUGCACCAAAAGUCAAUCACAGAUCGUCCACCUCGACCUCCUCGUCCAUCCUCAAUAGUAAAUUACAAAAUGAUUAACCGAUCCCAUCCAGUGAUACCAAUACGUACAAAGAGACGAUCUCUAGUAGGAUCAACAUGUUGUACCCAUGGAUGCAGACCAGAUACGUUGACUUUAAAGGAAAGAUCAGGUUCACUUCCAUUGCGACCACGUUCACUACCAGCAAGUCCAAUAAGCAAACCGUAUCAAGGCUCUUCAUCAACAUUACCCUCACCCAAGUCAACCUCAUCAACCCAAUCAAACCUAACCUUUACCCGAGACAAAACACUGUCUGGAUCCUUUUCAGGUUCAACCAACCAAGGCAACACUGGCAACAUCAAUCCCAGUCACACAAUGUGUUCAAUAGGCUGUCUAACAAGCUGUUCAUUGUGCAGUCUAAGUGGACUUGAUGGGACAACCUCAACCUCAACAAGCAACCCUACAGACCAGAGUGCACACUUGAAUUAUCCAAGUAAAGAUGUUCAUGUUAAUCAUGAUGAUGAUGAAGACAAUUGUAGCAACAUUUAUGAAGAAAUUGAUUUCACUUCAAUAUCGGAAAAUGUUGCUGCAUUGGUAAGUCCGCGGCAAUUAAUUAACCCUAAUGCUGUUAAUAAUGUUUCCCGUAAUCACCUGCAAGAUGAAAGUGAAAAGGAUAAAAUUGCAAAUGAUUUAGUAAAUUGUGAUGAGAAUAAUAAUGGCAACAAUAACGUUGAUAAUGGUAAUGAUAUGGUUAUUACAUGUAAUAAGGAGCCAAAUGUUGUAUCAAUUGAUAGUACAAGGCGAUUAUCAUCAUCAAGUGGACCUCAAGCCAACAACAGUGGAGGUGAAAUUUUAUCUGAUACUUCAGAUGAUCGAGUAACUGUUAAAUCAGUAAACAUAAAACCCUGGGCUUAUUCAACUUCAUCCCUUGAUAGUGAACAAUCAACAACAUCAAGUGGAUCAACGGUUAAACAAUGGAAUAAUCAGAUAAUCUAUUCUUCCCAUCAUCACCCCUGCCACCCUCACCAUGAACAACACCAUGAAAGCCAGUCACCAAAUUAUCCUCAUCACCAUCAUCAUUACGAUCAUAAUCACUCUCAUCAUUCUGAUGCACUUUCAUCACCAUGUUUUCAUGGAAAUUAUUCAGACUUUUAUCAGGGUAUUGAUCAUCCUCAUCCAUUUCAUCAUCCACAUUCCCAUCAUCAUCACCAAGCUCACCACUUAUAUCCUUAUCAAAUGACAAAUAAUCAUCUUCUACAUGCAAGUCUAGAUCAUUGUCAUCACUGUCCAUAUCACCAUCAUCACCAUCACCAUGCUCCUCGUCAAAUGAUUACCACAAGUACCUCUGAUCAUUCCCUGUCUUCACUUUCCUCCAACUUUUCGGAAGAUCCAGCAACACCGACACCGCCAAUGAUGACUCUCGAUGAUUACACUUUUCACAGUUCCAACUUUACCUUUACACCAGAAGAUCAUUAUCUUGUUUCACCUUGUUGCCCUGAACAUUUGGAUGAGCAAGAUGAAGAUGAUGUCAUUAACGAUAAAAAGGGUUCUCUGAAACAUUCAGAUGACAAGGAAGAGGAAGUUAAUGUUGCCUUUAAAAAUGAAGUUAAAAAUGGAUUUGGCUUGAUUCCAUGUUAUCCUCAACCUUUUUACCCGAUUCCAGAUUUAGUUUGUGAUAAAGAGACGAAUGAAGAUGAGAAUGACGAUGAUGAUGAAGAUGAGGAAGAUAAUGAUGAUUCUGUUGGAAAAAGGUUCAACAAGAUGACUUUAAAAGAGGAUAAAGGCGAGCAAGUUAAGGAAGAUGAUGAAAAAGGAAAAGAGAAAAAAUUAUUGGUUAAUUUUAAAAGUUCAUCUGUAAGUUCAUUGAAAAACAGUGUUAAAUCAAGUUGGCCAGUGAAAGGUAAAGAUGCAAUUCCAUCCCUGUCAUCAUCACCCACAUCAUCAUCUCCAUCAUCAGCCCAUCAACCAGCAAUAUUUUCACCAUUUGUUAAACCCUUAAAAGAUAACCAGUUGAACAAUUCAGUUCACAAUUCAAACAUCAAUUGCUAUUGUCAUCAAUGUUUCCUUCCUCAUUGUGCUAAAUCAACCUUCAACUCGACUCAUCACAAUUUGAACCAUCAAAGAAAAGACACUUUUAAAGAAUCACCUUCUAAAAUGGCUUCUUCUUGGGACGGUUCUCUAAGUGGUGCCGGAGGAUGCAGCAGUGGUGGAGGUUCUGGUGCAGGCGAUGAUUCAAAUGAAAGUUCAACUCAUCAAUAUCAAAGUCCAAAUGGUUCUGCCAGCAUUAAUCGUUUGAUGCAAGAACUGCAAUUGGCAAUUAGUUUUGGUCAACAUCGGAAGGCUGCUUUGCUCGCUCGACAAUUGGCUUUGAGAAAAGUUUCCUGUACUUUUAAUCAAUCACCAAAUUCAACGGCAAUUGAUGAUCAACCCAUCAUAGUUUACCUUUACAUUGAAGAUAAACAAUCACGUCAAGGACCAUUUCCAGUUCAAUUGUAUCCAUCAAUGACAGUUAAGAUGCUUAAAUUAAAGAUUGAAGGUGACUUUGGAUUCCCUGUUCAUUUUCAAUCCUGGAUUCUGGGCAAAUGUUUGGCAACUAAUGAGGAUAACUGUCUAUCUACUUAUGGUAUAACCUCAUCUGGAUGUCCAAUAUUUUUAUAUUUACUGUCCAAAAGUGAAACUAAGAGUGAAACAGCUCAGCAUGAUGACGAUGAGGACGAUGAUGAUGAUGAUGGUGAGAAGGUGGACAAAAAUGGAAAUGCUGAUGAAGAUGAAGAGGAACAAGAGUGUGUUGAUAAUGGUUUAAAGGAAAUUAAAGGUGCAACUGAAAUGGUUCAACAAUCAAUACCAAUUGUUGGAACAUUAACUGGUCAAAAUGAUGAUGAAAAGGGUAAGAAUGAGCUGGCAGGGAGUUUGACGAGUAAAAGUGUUAAUGCAGCUAUUAAAGGUCCUUCAAAUGGUCCUAGUGAUUCAACGUUGCUCUCAAGUGAACCUUCAACUGUUAAUGAAAAAGAUAUUAUUUCAGUGAGGAAAAGGUCAAAAGGAAAAGUAAAACCAUCAUUAUUAUUGUUAUCAAAUUCAAUUGCAACUUCAACAUCAACCUUAACCUCACCAUCAACAUCAACUGUUCAAUCAACUACAAUGAAACCAACGACAAAGAUAAUAAAAUCAACAGCUCAUGGUGAGAAUCGAGAUUACAGGGGAAACACUGGAUCCAGGCAAAUGAAUAACUCAACACUCCCAGUUGGCUCAUUGAAAAAGCAUCACCCAAAGGCAAAUUUGAAAGCUGAUAAUGGUGCAAUGAUUUCAACUUUUGAUAAGCAAAGUGUUGACUCGAGUAAAUUGAAAGUAAAAGUUGAUUCGAGGAAAGCGUCCAAUAUCAAUGAUAAAGCAAAUCAAGGGAAUGACGAAGUUGAUUCAGGGAUUGGUAAAGAUAAUGAUGUUAAUAAAGAGUCCAAUGAUAAUCAAAUGGUUGGCCAAGAAAAGGAUGAGAGUAAAGGUCAGAUAAUUACGACUACAUAUAAAGAGCUAAUGGCUUUGGAUGAUGUUGAUUUGGUUAAAAAUUUUGAAGACUUUGAGUGUCCAGUUUGCUUCAUCAAUAUUCCCAGUGGUGAAGGAGUUGUCCUUCGAGACUGUCUUCACAUGUUUUGCAGAGAUUGCCUUUCCAAUGCAAUUGAAUUUUGUGACGAAGCAAUCGUCAAAUGUCCUUAUCGAAGUGACGAAUAUUACUGUGAUAGUGAAAUAACUGACCGUGAAAUUAAAAGCCUGGCUUCACCCGAAUUGUAUCAAAAGUAUUUAUCUCGAAGCAUGAAAGCGGCUGAACUUCGAAUUGCCAAAUCGUUCCACUGUAAAACCAUUGACUGUCCGGGUUGGUGUGAAUUUGAUGAUAAUGUGAAUACCUUUCCAUGUCCAGUUUGUGGUAAAGUAAACUGUUUAACCUGUCAAGCCAUUCAUGAAGGCAUCAACUGUAGACAAUAUCAAGAUCAGUUGGACGAUGAAGCUGCUGAUCAAAAUGAAGAUGCUCAAAAGACGAAACAAUUUCUCGAUAACAUGUUGGAUAAAGGUGAAGCAUUACGAUGUCCAAUCUGUUUUGUGAUAUUAAUCAAAAAGUGGGGCUGUGAUUGGGUCAAAUGUUCAAUGUGCCAAUCGGAAAUUUGUUGGGUCACCAAAGGGCCAAGAUGGGGACCAGGGGGUAAAGGUGACGUUUCAGGAGGAUGUAAGUGCAUGUUGAAUGGACAAAAGUGCCAUCCUAAAUGCAAUUAUUGCCAUUGAAAUGUCACUCAAUGAGCACCAAAUGAUCAAAGGAAAAACAUUGUCUCAUUAAAUCUCAUCAUAAUUACCAUCAACCGUCUUCCUUGUCUUCAUCAUCGCCAUCAUCAUGUUCAUUUUUCCAGUUUUGUUGGUUAUUCAGUUCACUCAAGAUCUACUUGAGACUGUCUAAAUGAAGAUGAUCUUUAUGACUGACUUUCUUUCACUCUCUGCCUCUUUUUGGUAAACCAUGAUGCAAGGAUUGAAUUCAGAAGUGGAGGAGACAGAAUAAAGUAAAACCAUCAAUUCCAAGACAGAAAUUCACUUCCAGCCUUGAAUAUUAUCUGAUAUUGUUUGAUAAAAAAAUUGAACCGUUUAAAGUGCUAUGGCUCCAUCUAUCGUAACCAUGGGUGACUAUUUGUAGACAAUUUGCUGCUGUUAUUUUCAAAUUGCAAUGUUGCUAACAAACUUAUCAACCAGUUUAAUCAUCUGAAAUUGCUCAGUACCAUUCAUCAUUAUAUUGACAUCAUAUUUGUUCAUCACUCAUUUGUUUCGAUUUAACUUUGGCUACAAGAAAAGAAAAAUAAUUAGCUAUUAAGUUUCAGACUUGUUCGAUUAUACGAUAAAAAGAUUUAAAAAUCAUGUUUUGGUCAAUUGAAAGCUGUUAUCCAAAACAGAGAAAUUAAUUGUUAGCAAAUUUUUUUAAAAAAAUCAAAAGAUUUAAUUAUAUACAUAUUUAAAUACUUAUUAAAUUAUUGUAAUGCCAAUAAUUAAACAAUCAGAUUAAUUAGAUAUUAAUAACAGUUUUAUCCAAGCAAAAACAAGUUCCUUCUCAUAAUUGAUGCUAAUAAAGAUGUUUUUUUGUA